AUGCACAGAAAUUUAUUUUUGCAGACGAAUCCCAUUUCAACAGAGAACAAGCGAUGGAAAUCGAACCAUCCCGAAGCAUCGCGGCACACAGGCACCAUUCCUGGGCUGGAUCGUUUCGACGCACAAUUCUUCAAGGUCCACUACAGGCUCGGUACCAGUAUGGAUGCCAUGUCCAGGAAAAUCCUAGAGCAAACUUAUCAGGCUCUAUAUGAUGCUGGUCUAAACCCCGAUCAAUUGAAUGGAAAGAAAAUAGCUGUAUUCAUCGGUGCAUGCUUCUCAGAGACUGAGAAAGCUUCCUUCUAUGUAGCCAGUGUGAGGACAGGCUUUGGUAUUCUCGGCUCUUCUGGAGCUCUCACUCAGGCGUAUCAGGCUCUAACGAGAGGUGAUUGCGAGGCGGCUAUCGUGGGUGGUGCUAAUUUGUUCAUGCAUCCACAAUCCUCAAUACACACUGGCAGGAUUGUAGCUAACUGUCCAGAUGGCAAGACUAAAUCUUUCGAUGAUAAAGCCGAUGGGUGUGUUAAAUCUGAAGCUAUCCAAGUAAUAUUUUUACAAAAGGCGAAAGAUGCCUUAAGGACUUAUGCGGAAUUGGUACAUAUUAAAAACGAUUAUAUACAGAUGACCGCUGACCACGGAUUUUAUAGAGAUCCAAUUGUUUUAAAUAAGUUCUUGAAAAACUUUUACGAUGAAGUCCGCAUUCCUCCUGAAGAUGUGGAAUAUGUGGAAGCUAUGGGAGCAGCUAUACCAGAUGCAGACAAAGCAGAGUUAGAAUCAAUUGCUGAAGUGUUUUGCAAAAACAGAAUAAACCCUUUGUUGGUUGGCAGUGUGUUUUCUAACAUCGGAUACUCAGAGGCUUCUUCAGGACUAUGUUCCUUAAUGAAGGUAUUAUUGGGAUACCACACUGGCAAAAUCCCGGCAAACCUGCACUGCUCGAGCCCGCGCAGCGACGUGCCCGCGCUGCAUGACGGCAGGAUGCGCGUCGUCACCGAGAACGAGCCGUUCCGACGCGGCUACGUGGCCAUCAACAACCACUCCAUCACAGGGUGUACCGCUCACAUGUUGGUCGCUGGCAGGUGUUUGAAAGCAUAUUAUCUAUUUGUUCCUCGCUUUAAAGAUACUAAUGCGGAACAAAAGACAGUGACUUUGACGGAGAAUUGCGAGUAUUUCGACGACGCGCGCCGCCCGCUGUGGUUCGUGUACAGCGGAAUGGGCUCCCAGUGGGCCGGCAUGGGCACCCAGCUCAUGCGCAUACCCAUCUUCGCUGCUGCCAUUGAAAGAUGCCAGCGAGCUCUCGAACCGAAAGGGAUUGACUUAGUCCAUAUCAUAACUUCUACUGACAAGAAAAUCUUCGACAACAUACUUCACUCGUUUGUUGGUAUCGCUGCCGUACAGAUCGGACUAACGGAUGUUCUCCGGGAGCUUGGACUGGUACCUGAUAAAAUUAUCGGUCACAGUGUCGGUGAGCUCGGUUGCGCGUACGCUGAUGGUUGUUUCACCGCUGAGGAAAUGAUUCUAUCCGCUUACAGCCGUGGACUUGUCUCAAUCCAGACACCGUUCAUCCGCGGAUCGAUGGCUGCAGUUGGUAUCGGCUAUCAAGAUAUCAAGGACAUGCUUCCUCCUGAAAUCGAAGUAGCUUGCCAUAAUUCGUCAGAGUCCAGCACCAUAUCGGGACCCGCAGACUUGAUGAGGGAGUUUGUGGCGAGUCUCUCCUCCAAAGGAAUAUUCGCGAAGGAAGUGCCGUGCUCCAACAUUGCGUAUCACUCCCGUUACAUCGCUGAGGCUGGACCUGGGUUACUGCAAUACUUGUCCGAAGUAAUUAAGACGCCAAAAAAGCGGAGCGACCGAUGGGUGUCGACUUCGGUACCAAGAGAUAUGUGGGAUAAACCAGCUGCUCAAACAUCUUCUGCCGAAUACCAUACUAACAACUUACUGAAUCCAGUACUUUUUGAAGAAACAGCCCAUUUAAUUCCAUCUAACGCGGUGUUAGUGGAAAUAGCCCCCCACGGUCUGCUGCAAGCUAUUUUGAAGCGUUCCUUACCAGUCUCGUGCAAACACAUCCCGCUCACCCGCCGAGGACAUCCAGACAAUGCAUUAAUGGUGCUGGAAAGCAUUGGCAAAUUAUUCAUGGAAGGAUAUCACCCUAAAGUAAAUGUGUUAUAUCCAAAGAUAGAGUUCCCAGUUUCAACAGAAACACCGAUGAUGUCGCAUCUUGUAGAAUGGGCCCAUAAUGAAAAAUGGCCUCUACCUCUAUAUGUUGCUGCACAUAGAAAAAUUGCUGCUGCUGCCAAAUAUGUGGUUUGUCUUCAUGAUCCCGAGCACAAUUACUUGAGAAAAACGGUUUAUCCAUUCUCGGCGGCGUUGGUUGCUGUUUGGGAUACUGUGGCGAUGUACUCAAAUAAACCUAAAAAGGAACUAUCUGUGACUUUCCGUGACAUUCAGUUCUUCGCUCAGCCUGUUUUUAACGAAAACAGGCCUCUGAUGAUCCACGUGGCGAUACACAGAGGGGAAGGUCGCUUUGAAGUCACGGAAGGAAAUUCAAUAAUAGCUACGGGAUAUAUUAAUGAAGGCCUAAAAGAUGUAUGUAGCACUCCCGAAGAAAUAGAAGAAAAAAAUAUGACGUUAGAUAGCAACGACGUAUAUCAAAUUCUUUUUGAACGUGAAUUUUCAUAUGGAGGUGUGUUCCGUAGUAUAUAUGGUGUUGAUGACACUCUCACGGAGGCUAAACUACUUUGGGAUAGUAACUGGGUAUCUUUAAUUGACGGCAUGCUCCAGAUGAAUAUUUUGAGACAGAAACAUGACGCUGUCUCCAAACCUUUGGGAAUAAGAAAGAUGUGUAUCGAUAUCCAACAGCACAAUAUAGCAAAACCGGAUAAUUUCCUUACAGCUAAUGUAGAUGAAAUAUCAGAUAAGACAAGGUAUUGGCAAAAAUUGUUUGAUAGUGAAAGUUUUUAGCAAAUUUAAGAUUUGGACCGAGUUUUGGUCGUUUUAAGAAUCACGAGGAAUUGAACUUUGUUACAUCAUAGCCAUCAACGGUAUUACUUUUGUCAUUAUUCAACAUUUUAAAGUCCAUAUACGGUGAAGUAAUAUAUAUGGUUAACAAUGAUGAUACUCACUGGCCAAAACCAUCUGUUCUGUAUUUUAUUAUAAGUAGUGCCUUCGUUGUUUCGGGUUUCCACAAUAUAUAAGUACUUUAGCUACUUCAUUUAGGGAUAUGUGAUGCUAUCUUAUAUUUAUUUAUUUUAUUUGUUAUCAGUGGUCACAUGAUGUUUAAUAUUAUAAUGUCAUAUUUUUAUGAAAUAUUGUAUGUUCAUAUUCUUCUAUAACGACAUGUUUGCCUAUAGAUCGUAACCGUAAUUAUAUAUAAUUCUUUUCAACUUUGUCGAAGUGCUUUGUUUAUAUAUUCCUGAUUUUUUUAAAUCAAUUUAUAAAAAUGCAGCUUUUUAAAAGAUAAAUUCAACCACAAUCACUAGUCUGUCGAUAAAAAUAAAAAUUAUUAAAUUAAAACACCAACACAUAUUAGUGGUCAGCUAUAAUUUCAUAAUCAUCAUGUUCUUGAGAGUAACUAGUUAAACUAUGCUAAUUUAGAAGCUUGUAUAAUAAUGCUAAAUUAAUUUUCAGAUGUGGAGGAAUCACAAUGGAAAAUAUCAAAUUUAAUAAUGUACCACAGUCAAAUACAGAUCAAACUAUUUUAAGAAGUCUACAAUUCGUUCCUCAUUUUAACCUUUCACCGGGUGAUGUGAAAUCGUCAAUUGAGGUGUGUCUUCAAAUAGUAUCUGAAAACGUCAAUAAAAAAGUUUUAAAUGUAAUAGAAAUUGUAAGUAGUACAGAGAGAAGUACUAUUUUUGAUGAUGUUGGGAAAUAUAAUUUACCCGAUCUGGAAGUCGCCUCACGUCGUCUUAACUUGAAGGAUGUAACGCGAGAGUUAUUGAAAAAUAUUGAUUUAAUAUUAGUCCAAAGUCUUGCUGUGGAUGACAAAGUAAGUCAUAUUAAUGUCAAUAUCUAAAAAAAGAUAUAUGUUAAACAAUCAAUUAUAUAAAUGAAAUAAAUUAUAUAACGAUCGAUUCUACCAUUUUUGUUACAGAUGUGCGAGUUCCUGCAUGCGGUUUUGAGAAACAAUGUUUUCAUUUUAAGUGCAGAAGAAAACUGUCAGGAUUUCACAAGUACUAGGUCAUCCAAUAUUUAUCGCGUAAUAGCGUCACAAAAUGCUUGUGGCGUUAUGCUAAAUCUAUUAAUAUGGCGAUUGACUUCACCAACGUCGACAACAGCACUUACAAUAAGAACACAGAGUGAUUUAGCGAUGCUCUCUUCAACGAGAAACUGUUUGCCACCUAACCAUAAGCUAUUGGUGUUAACUUCCUACCCACCAGUACCGGGUGUCAAAGAAUUAGUUAAACUCUGGAGGAAAGAAGCAGAACGCAAUAAUAUUUACUUAGUCAUGGUAAAUCAUAGCAAAGUUGAAGAUCACAAUUUAGUUGAACUGCCAGAAUUGGAACUAGGAAUCAACGUACUUGACGAUGGUGUAUUGGGUGGAGAGUAUUAUGUACCACUGAAAGGUAAACAAAUAGCGUCUCCUUAUUUUAGUUUACGAAGUAGGAGUGUUGGUGAUCUGAAUUCUCUUACUUGGAUUGAAACAAAGGAGCCUGUUGCAUCUGGAAUUCCUGUUACGGUCAGUUGAAAGCCUUAAUAAUCCAAUAAAAUUAUUUAAAAAUCCAUCUAUGAACCUAUCGCAAACAAUUGAUACUGGAUUUGGUAUGAGUUCAUUUGAAUUUAAAAUACAUUUUAGGUUCAGUACGCUGCACUGAAUACUGUGGACUCAAUGAUAGCCACUGGAACAUCUGGUAAGAAGAAGGAAACUGAUCUUGCUAAAAUUUCUUAUGGGAUGGACUUUAGCGGUGUCAACGAAAGGUAAUUAUAUAAUAUGAACUUAUAAGCAAGUUAAUGAAAAUUAAAUCCUAGAUUUAUAAUAUCAUAUCUAAUAUGUUGCGG